GCCUCCCAAGUAGGUCUCAGGGCAUAAACUAAACUUUACGCACAAGUUUUCUUCAGGAGCACACCAGCACUGCAAGAUCAGGGACGCAAGGCUAAAAGACACAAAUUCUUUCUCAUCUGGAAUCAAAUCUAGCCUGAAGAGAAGCUUACUUUGAAGACUUGAAAUGUUUCAAUUUUUUUGUACUUUUUUAUACAAAAUGAACGUUCAGAGGGCAACAUUGUUUUUGUUUUGGAUGAUGCUGUGCCUGGACAUCUGUGUAAGCCAGAAAGACUGCACAGGUGUGGAUUGUCCUGCUCUGCAGAACUGCAUCGAAACGAUUUUGGAAAAAGGUGCCUGCUGUCCCACCUGUACACAAAGGGGCUGCAUCUGUGAGGGUUACCAGUACUACGACUGUGUCCAAGCAGGCUUCCGGAAAGGGAAAGUCCCACAAGGGGAAUCCUACUUUGUGGAUUUCGGAAGUACAGAAUGCUCCUGUCCCCAGGGAGGAGGGAAGAUAAGCUGUAAUUUUAUUCCGUGCCCUGAAAUUCCCCCCAACUGCAUCGAUAUUUUACAACCUGAAGAUGGAUGUCAGGAGUGUGCACGAAUUGGCUGCUCCCAUGGCAACAAGAAGUAUGAGGCGGGACACUCCUUUCAGAUAGACCAGUGCCAGGUUUGCCAUUGUCCAAAUGAAGGUGGAAACUUAAUGUGUUCACCCAUUCCCGGCUGUGACCCACGUAGUGUUAAUAAGCCUGUGUUGGUUACGACCACUGAGAACAACAACCCUUUGAGAGACAUUAACAGACAUCAUGACAGCCGACAAACGAGUCCUGGACCAUUUUCCAAGCUGGCAUUGGGAAGCACUCUACCACUGUAUAAGCCGGACACACCCAGUUUUGGCACAAAGGAUUAUGACUAUACACUGGCAGAGCCAACGUCUUCCACUAUUCAAGAUCUGGCCCGACCACUGGAAUCUACUACAGUACUACCAGCUUACCCAGAGUCAAGCUCCGCAUCCUUCAGCUCGCAUGAUGACAGAAAACAUGAGCUGCGAGACACACAAAAAAGCUCUGAUCCAGAGCGGAACAGCAAGGAUGAGAUCACACAUAACAUGGAUCCAACCACUACUGGGGCUUGGAAAGAAACAUCAACAUUGCUAACAACUACAACUGCACAGAAAGCGACCACAGAAAACCACAAGCCGCAACAGGAAAUUGGAGAAAGGACCAAUAGACACAACAGCAACAGAAACAGAGUGGUGCAGGACACUUCUUUAAGAGACACAGCACACACGACCCGUGUCAACAAGGUGGGCAGGCAGUCUGGUCAUCACAAACAUAGUCAGGGCAGCUCCCACUCUGUAAGCCAUAGGGGACAAGAAAAAGUCUCAAUGGAGCCCAGAGGGCCUCAUGGUGGAGAACAGAGUUCAUACCCGACUAUCCAGUUCAGCCCCACCAGCAGAGCUCCAGUCAGGAUGAGGGAGGAUGGAGAGCAGCCUGACAGACAAGCUCAAACCCUCCACAACUACCAGUCUCAGGAUGAAGAAGGAGAUGCAGAAGUGUCUGCCAAGGAGCUGAUGAAGACCUGCUGUGAGACAGGGGAGAAAUGGGCUUCAGCUAAUGGUCACUGCAACAACAUGGAGCCACCCACUAAAGAUAGGCAAUCCAUCUGCUGGACUACCCAACAACAGUGCUGUUUCGGUUCCCUGAGAGAAAGUCGGUGUUUGGCUGGAAUGAAUGCAGCCAGAGGGGGAAAUAUGUGUGAAGAGGAAGCCAGCGAUAAAUGUGGGAUCGAUUCCUACAAGGAGUGCUGUGGCUGCUGCUCUCUUGGGCUGCAAUUCCGCAGCGAGGGGCACCGCUGCGAAGCCCAACAGCACCUGGGCUUCCAUUGCAGACACGUCUUCCUCACUUGCUGCGAGGGAGAGGACAGGGGGGAUGGGAAUCGAGACGGCUGGCACACUGUCAGAGAGAGGCCCGCUCUCGAUUCGACUUCACCUCCAGAAAAAGUGUCUGACAGCCUGUACCCUAAAGAGGCCUUCUCCAUCGGUGGGGAGCGGGACGGGGAGAAUGCGGUGGAGGGUCCUGUUGAGGUGGAGGACAUGGAUGAGUGCCUGAUAUAUGAAGACAUCUGCCACCACAGAUGUGUCAACACACCAGGCUCUUACCGGUGUGAGUGCUUCCCUGGAUAUGUGCUGCAAGAGGACGCUUUCAAUUGUGCACAAGAGACGGUGGAAGAGGAGAACAGACUGAAGGAGGAUGACAGAGCGGCGGUGGAACCCACCUCACUCCCUCCAUCCCCCACCCAACACUCUGUCCCACUCAACCCCUGUGAAGGAAACAGCCCCUGUGAGCAACAGUGCACCCCAGUGGGCGAAAGGCCACAAUGCUCCUGUUUCCCAGGAUUCUCUCUGAUGUCUGAUGGACGCUCCUGUGAGGACAUAAAUGAGUGUUUGUCCGCGCACGCCUGCCAGUUGAAUGAGCGCUGUGUAAAUUCUGCAGGGAGUUAUAUCUGUCAGAGACUGAUCACCUGUCCCGCGGGAUACCAGAUCAACAAUGACAUUUGUGAAGAUAUCAACGAGUGUGAGCAGGGGAGCCAUAAUUGUGGGCUUGGCUUUGAGUGUGUGAAUACCGAGGGCUCUUUCAGGUGCAACCCUAAACCCCGCUGUCCUGUGGGCUUUACCCAGGGCACACAGGGCAACUGUAUAGACAUUGAUGAGUGUGGCACUGUGGCCCAGCCAUGUAGUUCAGGGUUUAACUGCAUCAACACAGUGGGAUCCUACAUGUGCCAGAGGAGGAUAAUAUGUAGCCGUGGCUACAACGCCAGUCCCGAUGGAAGCAGAUGCAUCGAUGUGGAUGAGUGUCAGAACAGUCUGCAUCGAUGUGGAGAGGGCCAGCGGUGCCACAAUCUGCCUGGUUCCUAUCGUUGUGAAUGCCAGACAGGCUAUCAGUAUGACUCAUUCAGGAGGAUGUGUGUAGAUGUAAAUGAGUGCUGGCGCUACCCAGGACGCCUGUGUGCCCAGACCUGUGAGAACACCCCAGGCUCCUAUGAAUGCUCGUGUACCUCUGGCUUCCGCUUAUCCGGCGAUGGCAAGAACUGUGAAGAUGUGAAUGAGUGUUUGGCCAGCCCUUGUAGUCAGGAGUGUGCCAACAUCUACGGUUCCUACCAGUGCUACUGCAGACAGGGCUACUACCUCAGGGAGGAUGGGCACACCUGUGAAGACAUUGACGAAUGCUCCCAGAGCAUUGGCCAUCUGUGUACCUAUAAGUGUGUGAACGUUCCUGGCAGUUACCAGUGUUCUUGUCCUGAAUAUGGAUACACAAUGUCGCCAAAUGGACGCUCCUGCAGAGAUAUCGAUGAGUGUGCCACAAGGGCCCAUAACUGCUCUCUAGCUGAGACCUGCUACAACAUCCAAGGAGGUUACCGCUGCCUUUCUCUCAGCUGUCCACCAAACUACCGCAAAGUGUCCGACACUCGCUGUGAGCGGAUCAGCUGUCCCAACUACCUGGAGUGUCAAAACUCACCUCUGAGAAUCACCUACUACUACCUCAGCUUCCAGUCCAACAUCGUCAUCCCCGCUCAGAUCUUCCGCAUCGGACCCUCCCCUGCCUACUCUGGAGACAACGUUAUUGUCAGCAUCACCCAGGGAAAUGAGGAGAACUACUUCAGCACCCGCAAGCUGAAUGCAUACACGGGUGCUGUGUACUUACACCGACAGGUUGAGGGUCCAAGGGAUUUCCUGAUUAACGUAGAUAUGAAGCUUUGGAGACAGGGGACGUUUACCACUUUCCAGGCCAGGAUUUACGUCUUCAUCACGGCCAACUCGCUCUAACAGUUGGCUCAUCUUUGGCCGCUAUGGACCAGUUCAGGAGGACUUUUCGUAUCACUAUUUAACAAUUUCAUAAAUAUACCACUGUCUGUUAUGAUGGAGUUGAGUAGUUAAUCUUGCUUAUGUCCAAUUGAAUCGAAUAUCAAAAGACUGCUGUAAUAGUAGUAGAAUAUUCAGAAAGAAACUGUCUGCUUUGUGCCAGUUCUUGUAAUGCUAUUCAUUGCCAUGGCUCACAAAACACAUUCAUUCAAAAGUCCAUUCAAAUCUAAGGCUAAAAUAUAAACUUUCAAAAUAUAAAGAUACCACAAGAAUGAAGCAUUUUGCCAUUGUAUUAAUUAUCUUAACUAUAUGUGAGUAAAACAUAAAAAUGAUAACAGGCGACCUCUAUCCUCUGCCCAGCUCUUUUUCUAAUAUCCUGGUUUCCUGCUCAUAUCAUCCAGUUAUCAGAUGGCGAUGUGUGAUUUGAUAACACUGUGGUGAAAGCACAUGAAAUUGUAUUGUAAGAGUUUCCAUGUCUCUUUUCUUUUACCCUGCGCUGCUGUUUUUGUUUUGUCUUUGAAGUAUUUUUUAUAACUAAUUUAAUGUUACUCUAUAUAGUGAAUUUUUGUAUCCCUGUAAUCAGACACAUUAUGGAUGGAUGUAUCAUAUUUUUUAUGCUAGAUUCAUAAGCCGCAAAGUAUUUUAGUAAAAUAUUAAAACACACCAAUGUGGUUUGGUGAGUA